GACUUGCCCCCCAUUUCAAAGUUUUGAAAUCUCUCCGGCAGCAAUAAAUAAUAAAUAAUUAAAAUCAGUAAUUUCAUAUCACCUCUCUUCGUAUUAUUUUAAUCGUAAAAAGUUCUCCUGAUUAGCAUUUAUCUCCUUGUUUACUCUUCAUCUCAAACCAAUCUGCCUCCUCCCUUCCCUCGAUCGGCGGGCAUCUCGCCGGCGCAGCUUCUUGCCGGUCGCCAGGAGAGAUUCAGAGGGAGGUGGGGCCACGAUGAAAACGACGGCGGCGACGGCGGGAGGGAGGCAGAUGCAGCGAUCGGGACAUCAGCAACAACGGCAGUACUCUUCGGAGCAGUUCCUCUUCGAGACCCACUCUUCCAAUAUCGGCGGAGGUGGUCUCGGGAAGUGGAUGCAAGGCUUUCCAAACGCCGGCUUAAAUGUGCCACAGCAGGUGGAUUACUCUAGAAUGCUGCGGAGUUCACAGAGGGGGGUGAGCGGCGAGUUCCCCCUAUCCACGGAGCCUUUGACGCCACCGAUAAACUCGAGGUCACUGGGCCAGAGGAAGGCCCGCGGCGAUGUCUCUCCGAGAGAGAUGAGCCCUGGGAUCUUCGAUCUUCAUUCCUUUGACACUGAGCUCCUCACAGAUAUACGGGAUUCUGGACUCUAUGAUGCCCCUGCGCCAUUGGGUUAUUCGCGAGGACGAGCCAUUGAUGAGUCGGAGCCAAUCUUUUCUGGUAACAUUCAGAUGGGAAAGGCUAGUUUAAUGCCAGAAAAUGAUCUUUCAACCAGUUUUGCUGCAGACUAUGAGAAGUCGAGUUAUGUUGCCAAGAUUAAAGUAGUGGUGCGAAAGAGGCCACUAAACAAGAAGGAAAGAUCAAAAAAAGAGGAAGACAUUAUUACAAUUGAGCACAGCAGCAACUCUCUUACAGUUCAUGAGACCAAACUGAAGGUUGACCUGACGGAGUAUGUUGAGAAACAUGAGUUUGUAUUUGAUGCAGUUCUUGAUGAGGAUGUUUCAAAUGAUGAAUUAUAUCAUGAGACGGUUGAGCCAAUUGUCCCCGCUAUCUUUCAGCGCACAAAGGCAACUUGUUUUGCUUAUGGUCAAACAGGUAGUGGGAAGACCUACACUAUGCAGCCCCUACCCCUGAGAGCUUCGCAUGAUAUCCUUAAACUAAUGCAUCAUACAUACAGAAACCAAGGAUUCCAGUUAUUUUUCAGUUUUUUUGAAAUAUAUGGCGGAAAGGUUUUUGAUCUAUUAAAUGAUAGAAGAAAGCUUUGUAUGAGAGAAGAUGGCAAGCAGCAAGUCUGCAUAGUCGGUUUACAAGAAUUUCAAGUGUCCAAUGUUGAGACCAUUAGGGAGCUUAUUGAGAAGGGAAAUGCUACUAGGAGCACUGGUACAACUGGCGCAAAUGAGGAAUCUUCACGAUCUCAUGCCAUACUUCAGCUUGUUAUUAAGAAGUUAGCAGAUGUUAGUGAAUCAAAACCAGGUCGAGUAAUUGGUAAGCUAUCCUUCAUAGAUUUGGCUGGCAGUGAACGAGGUGCAGAUACCACUGAUAAUGACAAGCAGACAAGAAUAGAAGGUGCUGAGAUCAACAAAAGUCUUCUUGCCCUGAAAGAAUGUAUUCGUGCUCUUGACAAUGAUCAGACUCAUAUUCCCUUUAGAGGGAGCAAACUGACCGAAGUACUUCGGGACUCUUUCAUAGGAAACUCGCGCACAGUAAUGAUUUCAUGCAUUUCUCCAAGCUCUGGAUCAUGUGAACACACUCUGAACACAUUAAGAUAUGCUGAUAGGGUGAAGAGCUUAUCUAAAGGUAGCAACCCCAAGAAGGAGCCUUCUGCAUCCUCCAACCUAAGGGAAUCAACUGCUGCUCCCCUAUCUUCAGUUUUGCCUAACCUCUCUGCACCUGAAAGUAGCAGCAGUGAGGUUACUAAUGAAGCACAUAGAUUUGGGUGGACCAAACAGAAUCAAAAAGUACCACCUUUUUUAAUUGGCGAUACUGUUGCUGCAGGAAGAGAAGAUGUGCGGGUAGUAUCCUCCUAUUCUAAUAAAAGUCGAGGUUCGAGUACACUUGAGGAGUCUGAUUUCACUGAUGGGGCCUAUGAGCAAGAUAAUCGGUCAGGGAGGAAGGCGGAGCCAUAUUCAGUUCUUGGCUUUGAGAAUAAGACACAGAGAGUUGCAGCCCCGACUAACCGAAGGAAUGCCAUUGAUGUGGAUAAUAAUUUUCUGAAUCCAGAUGAUGAUUUGAACGACCUUCUGAAGGAAGAGGAAGACCUCGUGAUAGCUCAUCGAAGGCAGGUCGAGGAGACGAUGGAUAUUAUUAGAGAGGAGAUGAAGCUGCUAGAAGAAGCAGAUGAGCCUGGUAAUCAGCUGGAUAGUUACAUUUCCAGAUUAAAUGCCAUUCUCUCGCAGAAGGCCGCUGGAAUUGGCCAUUUGCAGGCAAGAUUGGCUCAUUUCCAGAAGCGUCUAAUGGAACAUAAUGUUUUAGUUUCAUCCUUUGCGCCGUGAAUUUUCGCCUCAUGGUGCUCUACACAGCAGACAUAUACCACAGCUACGCGAAACGUGUUCUACGGUGAGAGUUGCAUUUCUUUUCAUGCUGUGUGAAUUGAGUGGGGUUCUUUUAUUCUUAUGAGGCAGGGAUGGACUGGUAGAUUUGAUGGAUCUCAUUCAUUUGAAUUAAUCAAUGGCAUCCGGCCUCCGCUGCUCUGAUGGGUUUUCAUUGCGUAAAUCGUUUAUUUUGCAUUUGAAAAGUGAUCUAAUACUUUGAGACA